AUGUCACUAUCAUCAACAGAUACUAUUUUAGAUUUAAAAAAACAAAUUCAUGAAUUCAAAACCAAAUCAAAAGAAAUUAAAAAAAGAAUAAAUAUAAUCCAACAACAGCUACAGGAUAUCAUUUAUCAAGAUAAACAAAAUUUGACAAAUAGAUUAGAACAUUAUCAGAAUGAUUGUCUUGAAAAUGAUAUUGAACGAUUAAGAAAAGAUAUUGAGGAACUACAAUCAAAACUAGAAGAAAUAAAUCAUGAAAAUCAAACAAGACCAUCAACAGAACAGCUGCAUAUAAAUGAUAUAAACAUUCAAUCAAACAAUUUACCUCAAACAAUGAAAUCAUCGUCAACAAAUCUUGUAUCAGCGAACAAAAAAAAUUGUUUACGAUCUGUUGUUGAUAUUUCAAGAAAUAGUGCGAUACAACAAGCAGAUGACACAACAGCACUACCUCAUCGAUAUCUCAAACAAAUGAAUCCAUUGAUCAUAGAUAUAAAUGAAAAUGAACGUGUUCUAACUGACGAAGAGAACGAAACGUAUCUCUUCAAAGAAGAAGAAAUGAUAGGGGUUAUCGAUUCUAAUACAACAUCAAGGAUUAGUCAUAAGAUACGUCUUUCCCAUAACUAUAUUCGAUGGAUACGAGGUCCCGCUAAAAUAAUGAUGAAUGGUAUGACACACGUGGCUGACGUGUAUACACAAGGAAUACAUAUCAAUGGUGCUGUUGUACAAGCUAUCAAGCAAGGAUUAGACAAACAAAAGCAGAAUGCGAUGACCAAGAAUUCAUUAAAGUCAGCAUUUACCGAAAUUACACCAGAUUGGACGUUUGAAGGCGAAAAUGCUGAUCGGGGUUUCAUUAGCGUAUCGAUAUGGAUGCGUGAUCCUCAAGGCCGAAGGAUUUUAGUCAAAACACACGGACAUCCAUUAUCUGCUGUCAAUGAAUGGCUAGCCUAUAUUCUAGGAAGAUCGCUUGGUUUGCCUGUUAAUGAGGUGCAGAUUGCGAUUUAUCUAAAUAAACUGGUUAGUUUACAUACCGAUAUUGCAAAUGAAAAUGAAAAGACUAUCACAUUCAUGGACUUACCAAAGCAAACAAGAAAAUCUCUAUUGACUUAUUCAAUAAUGGAAUCUAUGGAUCUAUUCGAUCAUAUUAUACAGAAUGUAGAUCGUACUCCACGAAAUAUUUUAAUUACAAUGCCAAAUACAACUUCUAUUACUGAUGAUACUUCAAUAUUGAAGAUACAUCUAAUCGAUCAUUCUUUCUGUUUUGGCGUAGGUAAACGUGAUGUCAUUAGUGCCAUAGCCUGCAAGCUUCAUAGUAAAUAUCUUUCGGUGGUUAAAUUUGAUCCAGUAGAUGAAGGAAGAAAAUUCGAACAAUAUCUCAACAAACUACCGAUAGCAGAUCGGACUAUAAUAAGAAACACGUUGAAUCGAUUUGCAGCAAUUACUGAUGAUCAAUUUGAUAGUUGGAUGAACGAAGUACGUGAUCUCCUAUCAUCCAGUCAAUACAAUCGUAUACAUGAUGUCUUAUGUCGACAACGAGACAUUGCAAAAUACUACACGGUACAAUGGGGAAUUUGUCCCACUUAUUCAAGUAUAAAACCAAACGAAGCGAACCAACCAACUCAUGUUCGAGAUAAAUGA